UGAUAUGACCCACAGAGAAAUGGCAUCCCACAUUGUUGGAUACCCUCGCAUGGGCCCGAAGAGAGAGCUCAAGUUCGCCCUGGAAUCGUUCUGGGAUGGGAAGAGCAGUGCAGAUGAUUUGCAGAAGGUGGCCGCAGAUCUCAGAUCAUCCAUCUGGAAGCAGAUGACUGAUGCUGGCAUCAAGUACAUCCCCAGCAACACUUUUGCAUACUAUGACCAGGUGCUUGACACUACUGCGAUGCUCGGAGCUGUGCCUCCCAGAUAUGGCUGGAAAGGUGGUGAGAUUGGAUUUGAUGUUUACUUCUCCAUGGCCAGAGGAAAUGCCUCUGUUCCUGCUAUGGAAAUGACCAAGUGGUUUGACACCAACUACCACUACAUUGUCCCUGAGUUGGGUCCUGAUGUCAAGUUCUCCUAUGCUUCUCACAAAGCCGUCAAUGAAUAUAAGGAGGCAAAGGCGCUGGGAGUACACACUGUUCCGGUCCUUGUUGGUCCAGUCUCCUACUUGCUGCUUUCUAAGCCGGCAAAGGAUGUUGACAAGACCUUCUCUCUGCUUUCCCUUCUUGGAAAGAUCCUUCCAAUUUACAAGGAAGUUGUCUCUGAACUUAAGGCUGCUGGGGCUUCUUGGAUUCAAUUUGAUGAGCCGACCCUUGUGAUGGAUCUUGAUUCUCACAAGUUGCAAGCCUUCACAGAAGCCUACACGCAGCUUGAAUCGUCCCUCUCUGGUUUGAAUGUCCUUAUUGAGACCUACUUUGCUGAUAUCCCUGCUGAGGCCUACAAAGUCCUUACUUCUUUGAAGGGUGUUACUGGGUUUGGAUUUGAUUUGGUUCGUGGAACUAAGACCCUUGAUUUGAUCAAGGGUGCGUUUCCUAAAGGCAAAUACCUCUUCGCUGGAGUGGUUGAUGGUAGGAAUAUCUGGGCAAAUGAUCUCGCUGCGUCUCUGAGUACCUUGAAUGCUCUUGAGGGCAUUGUGGGCAAAGACAAGCUUGUGGUCUCCACCUCUUGCUCCCUCUUGCACACUGCUGUCGAUCUAGUUAAUGAAACCAAAUUGGAUAAGGAAAUCAAAUCAUGGCUUGCUUUUGCUGCUCAGAAGGUUGUUGAAGUGAAUAUGUUGGCAAAGGCAUUGGCUGGGCAGAAGGAUGAGGCAUUUUUCUCUGCUAAUGCCGCUGCUCAGGCCUCAAGAAGGUCCUCACCACGGGUGACCAAUCAGGCUGUUCAGAAGGGUGCUGCUGCUUUGAAGGGUUCUGACCAUCGCCGUGCUACCAAUGUGAGUGCUAGGCUUGAUGCUCAGCAGAAAAAGCUGAACCUUCCAAUCCUCCCAACCACCACCAUUGGAUCCUUCCCCCAGACUGUGGAACUCCGAAGAGUUCGCCGUGAAUACAAGGCCAAGAAGGUUUCUGAGGAUGAGUAUGUCAAGGCUAUCAAGGAGGAAAUUAACAAAGUUGUCAAGCUCCAAGAGGAACUUGAUAUUGAUGUUUUGGUUCAUGGAGAGCCUGAGAGGAACGAUAUGGUUGAGUACUUUGGCGAGCAGUUGUCUGGUUUUGCCUUCACUGUGAAUGGUUGGGUGCAAUCUUAUGGCUCUCGCUGUGUCAAACCUCCUAUCAUCUAUGGUGAUGUGAGCCGCCCCAAGCCAAUGACCGUCUUCUGGUCCUCUAUGGCGCAAAGCAUGACUGCCCGCCCAAUGAAGGGAAUGCUUACUGGCCCUGUCACCAUUCUGAACUGGUCCUUCGUAAGAAAUGAUCAGCCCAGAUUUGAGACUUGCUAUCAGAUUGCCUUGGCCAUCAAGGAUGAAGUGGAGGAUCUGGAGAAGGCCGGUAUCAAUGUCAUUCAGAUUGAUGAGGCUGCUCUUAGAGAGGGUCUUCCCCUUAGGAAGUCCGAGCAGUCAUUCUACUUGGAAUGGGCCGUUCACUCCUUCAGGAUUACCAACUGCGGCGUCAAGGACACUUGUCAGAUCCAUACCCACAUGUGCUACUCCCACUUCAAUGACAUCAUCCACUCCAUCAUCGACAUGGAUGCUGAUGUCAUCACCAUCGAGAACUCCCGUUCCGAUGAGAAGCUGCUCUCGGUCUUCCGCGAGGGUGUGAAGUAUGGUGCUGGAAUCGGCCCCGGUGUCUAUGACAUCCACUCCCCGAGAAUACCAUCGACCGAGGAGAUCGCUGACCGAAUCAACAAGAUGCUUGCAGUGCUUGAGAAGAACAUCUUGUGGGUGAACCCUGACUGUGGACUGAAGACUCGCAAGUACACCGAGGUCAAGCCGGCCCUCCAGAACAUGGUUGCUGCCGCCAAGGUGCUCCGUACCAAGCUCGCCAGCGCCAAGUGAGCAGCAUCUAACUCGGGGAGUUUGAUCCUCGAUCAUAUGAUUCAUUGGUUGCUACUAAUACAAGCAGGAAAGGCCAAGAUUUCCGUCACGCUAUGUAUUCAAUAAUCGGGUCAAGGAAUUGUUAGAAGGUUUGAUGCACCCUUGAGGUUUUCUUUUUCCCUCUUUUAUUCCGCUUAUUUUUCUCAAUUCCGAAAGUUUUCCCUUUGUUGUACGCAUCACUUUCUUUGGGAAUUAAUGCAAUUGCUUUCUCUA